AUGCCGCUCGAACAGACUGUCACCAUUGUCAACAACUCGGGCAAGAUCAUCAGCACCGGUAAACAACUACUCAACAUCUUCAAGGAAGCCAAGGGAGCCUACCAGGAGAAGAAGGCACAGGUCAAGACGGAAAAGGCCCAGCUCCAGCGAGCCCGCACCUUUGAGUCGUACGCCCCCGCUCAUUCUCACCAUCCCCGCGACCAGUACGCCGACUACUACGAGGCGUACGACGACUACGACGAGAAGGACGACUACUUCUCCCCCAACCCUCACCACCGUCAUGGCCCUUCUCGCAGCCGCUCCGUCCACGAGGCCGGCCCGCCCCCCCGGUCGUCGCGGAGGUCGGCCGCCGGGUCUGUGAGCGGUAGCGCCGUGUCUCGCCCGAGGCGCCACCACUCGACCAGGGAACACCGGGGCGCCAGGUCUGCACGCCCUGCCCUGACCGAGAACAACCUGAAGACGCUGAGCGAGGUGUCGAGCACGGCUCCCUCGCAGAGGGCGCCCGCGAUGUCGGCCGGCGGCGGCGGCGGCGCCUCGGCCUACCACCGCAGCCCGUACGCCGAGACGCAGUACGACGCCCGCAACUACGCCGUGGCGGAGCGCUACCCUUCCAACUUCUACGUGGGUCGGCGGUCGUCCGUGGGUGACGCCCACGGCCACCCGGAGAGCGCGUACCGCAGCCCGCCGUCGACGCCCGAGAGCGACCGCCAGGGCCGCCGCAAGUCGAUCGACAUGAACCUGGCCUACGGCGACGUGCCGCCCGACCUGGAGGACCGCAUCGAGCUGGACCCCGACCGCCAGGAGGAGGCCAAGGAGAAGGAGGCGCGCGACCUGGUCAACAAGGUGGAGACGAUCCUAGACGAGGUCCAAUGCGUGCGCCACUCGGCCAACCACACCAUCACGCACCUGCAGAAGAACCCGGACAGCGCGGCGGCCGUGGCGCUCACGCUGGCCGAGCUGUCGAGCAUCGUGACCAAGAUGUCGCCUGCCUUCCUGAGCGUGCUCAAGAGCAGCUCGCCCGCCGUCUUCGGCCUGCUGGCCUCGCCGCAGUUCCUGAUCGGCACGGCCGCCGUUGCCGGCGUCACCGUCGUCAUGUUUGGCGGCUGGAAGAUCUUCAAGAAGGUCCAGGAGGCCCAGGCCGCCCGCCAGGCCCUGGCCUACGAGUCCAGGCCCGCCCUGCCCAUGAGCCCCUCGUCGGAGUACCCGGGCCACCAGGAGCCCGCGUACGACUACGGCCCGACGCCCACGAGGAGGGGCGCCCCGACCGCCUACAGCGACGGCGUGGACGAGGCCCUCGUCUUCCAGAAGGAGGAGAUGGAAGUGGGCGGCGACGUCCUGGACGACGACCUCAGCGCCAUCGACUCGUGGAGGCGCGGCAUCAUCCCCGAUUUCGGCGAGGCCGAGAGCGCAGACAUGGAGCUCAUCACCCCCCAGGCCGAGCGCGCCCGCCUCAAGGCCAUCAGGAGGGAGAAGGGCUACGACAAGGACGACGACUUCGACGCCAAGUCCCGCUACACUGCCAAGACGUCCCGCACCGCCAAGACGGGCAAGACGUCCAGCAAGCCGACCUCGGCCUCCAAGCCCAAGGCCUCCUCCUCCUCCAAGACGGAGAAGAAGAGCGGCGGGAGCAGCAAGGUCGGCGCGGGUGGCGGGAAGUCCAAGGUCCCCACCAAGUCUCCCUUCCGCGCCAUCGAGGACGGCCGGAACCAGAAGGAUGAUGCAUUCAACAUGGUCAUCAGGCCAAAGGGCGAGAGGCAGAGCAACAUGCUCAAGGCGCUGUUCAAGAACCAAAAGGACAAGGAGAAGGACUUUGUCCGCGUCUAG